AAAUGCAACAAAAGACAGAAGUCAAGCAGAAGUAAACAAAAGGACAAUGUAUAACAUAUACAAAUUAUUUAAAUUAUCUGCAUUUUAUCUGCUGUGAUAUAUUUUAUCUGUUGCGAUUAUAACUACCUAAUCGAGAUAAUCCGGAUUUCAAUUGUUGUUUAACCGCGGUAAUCAAUUUUUCGUAAGACUAUAAGUCGAUUGGGUUUAAUGUAAGGUGCAACUUACGGUGUAGUGCAGUUAAAAUCGUCACUUGUAGUGUAAAUAUGAAACUGAAAAGAGCUGUAAUUAUUUGUGGCUUCUUGCUUACUUUAGUCGUAGUGUUCACUAUCUAUUCUGCAAAAGAACUAACUUUAUCUGUGAGAAAAACCAGCAUUACCCAAGAUUAUAAGGACAACCAGUGGUUGCACUUUGAGGAUAGAAUAAAACAGCUGGAAGAUGAUCUUAGUAGACAUCAUAAUGCUGUCGCUGAGAUUAAAGUUGCAAUGCAAAACAUACUUAGUUCAAGUACAAAUGCAGCUCGAAAAUCACCUGUAAACUAUAUUCCGUUGGAAACACCUCAAGUAUCAACUAUGAUAUACAACUCUUCAUGUCCGAUUAGUAAAUUUUACCGACCAAAAGUCGACAUUCAAAUGCUCGAUUUGUACAAUACGUUAACAUUUGAUAACCCCGACGGCGGAGUUUGGAAACAAGGUUGGAGAAUUCAGAUUGACGAAAAAGAAUGGAAUAGACAAAACAAGUUGAAAGUGUUUGUUGUUCCACAUUCACACAAUGAUGCGGGAUGGACUCGCACCCUGCUCGAGUACUAUUCGACUCAAACCAAACAUAUUUUGAAUAAUAUGCUGCAAAAACUGCCCGAAGAUCCUCGUAGAAAGUUUAUUUGGGCCGAAAUUUCAUUUUUUUCUAUGUGGUGGGCUGAAUUGGAUAAUGGUAAUAAGGAAGCAGUCAAACGAUUGAUAAAAAACAAUCAGUUGGAAAUUGUGACGGGGGGUUGGGUAAUGAAUGAUGAAGCAAGUUCUCAUUACAUCUCGAUAAUUCAUCAACUGACCGAGGGCCACCAAUGGCUAAAAAAACAUCUAAACUACACCCCCAUUAGCCAUUGGUCUAUAGACCCUUUCGGUCUGAGUUCCACUCAACCAGCUCUAUUGAAAAGUAGCGGACUUCAGAAUAUGCUCAUUCAAAGAGUGCAUUAUUCAGUGAAGAAACACCUUGCAAAAACCAGAAAUCUCGAAUUCAGGUGGAGACAAUUGUGGGCUGACUCGGAUAAUACAGACAUUUUUUGCCAUCUGAUGCCAUUCUAUGGCUACGAUAUCCCACAUACAUGUGGACCUGAUCCAAAAGUAUGUUGCCAGUUCGAUUUUAAGCGAUUACCGAACCAUGGAUUGCAGUGUCCAUGGAAAGUCCCCCCUGUAAAAAUUACGGAUGAAAAUGUAGCUGCUAGGGCUGAAUUGCUAUUAGACCAAUACCGUAAAAAAUCGAAAUUAUACCAAACGAAUGUAGUUUUAGCACCACUAGGGGAUGAUUUCAGAUACGACCAUAUAACAGAAUGGGACGUGCAGUACAACAACUAUCAAAAAUUGUUCGAUUAUAUGAAUAAAAAGUUAGAUUUACAUGUCCAGGCUCAGUUUGGGACGCUUUCGGACUAUUUUGCGGCAGUUCAAAAAGAAAAAGAACUAACGAAAUUUCCGGUGUUAUCGGGCGAUUUCUUCACAUACGCAGAUCGAGAUGAUCAUUAUUGGAGCGGCUACUACACUUCGAGGCCGUUUUAUAAAAGAAUGGACAGGGUCCUUCUUAGUUAUAUUAGGGCUGCGGAAACAAUAGAGGCAUUAACUUAUCAUAGUGGCAAACGGAUGUCUUGGGAUAACAAAGAAGCAACUGGCCUGGGACAUUUUUUGGUCAGUUCCAGACAGGAGCUUUCUUUAUUUCAACAUCAUGAUGGCAUUACUGGAACGGCCAAAGAUCAUGUUAUGGUUGACUAUGGCAAGAGGAUGCUGCUGGCCAUUCACGAUUGUCAACGCAUAAUCCAGCAUUGCGUGAACGUGCUUUUAGAAGGGCCUGGUUCUCAACAAUCGCUUAAAGACGAUGUGACCCAUUACAAUUUUGACGAUGUAUGGCAUUCUCACAAUACCUUGCCGGAAAAGAUGCAGAUUACAAUCGGUGUACCUGAUUUGCCCUCUAAGAAGAUAGUGAUUUAUAAUUCCUUGGCGUUUGCAAGACAUGAAGUAGUUACUUUUAACAUUAACACGCAGUUCAUUGAGGUAAUUGAUUUUCAAGGCAAAAGAAUAACUUGUCAGGUAUCGCCGAUAUUUGAGUACGGUUCGACUAUGUCUACGACAAAGUAUGAAAUAUCCUUUAUUGCAAGCAUUCCGGCUUUCGGCACUGUGAGCUACACAAUUAACAGUGUUUAUCAGGAAAAUCUACCACAAGAAACCUCAUUUGCUGAUGUUAAAAUAUACAAUCAAUAUGGAGAUGUGACCGCCCUGAGAGGUUUCAAGGUAAAUGUAAGCGAAAGAGCUGAAGAAUUUACCUUUCAAAAUGCCCGGAUUGUGGCAUCGUUUAACAAGUUAGGGCUAUUGAAGGCAGUGAAAAUUGGUUCGUCCAUAGUUCCGGUACAUCUAGAUUUUGCCAAAUACGGGGUCGCUGCUAGACCAGUAGAUAGGAGCGGGGCAUAUUUGUUUCUCCCAGACGGAGAAGCUUCUGAGCUUAAAAUCGAAAACACAGUCGUGAAUGUCGUUGAAGGACCAGUCAUUUCCAGUCUUACCGUUCAAUUGCCUUAUGUCCUUCAUAAGGCUACAUUGUAUAAUUCGCCAGGUGCUGAUGGUUUAAGUGUUGAACUUACAAAUACAGUAGACAUAGAAGAAACUAAUAACUUUGAGCUCGUUAUGCGAAUGGCCACCAAUAUUGAUAGCAAAGAUGAAUUCUUUACAGACGCCAACGGUUAUCAGCUGGUUAAACGUCGCCGAUUUAAAAAGCUGCCCCUACAAGCAAAUUACUACCCAAUGCCAACGAAAGCUUAUAUUGAAGAUAAAGAUACGCGUCUAACGGUUCUUAGUAGUUCGCCAUUAGGUUGCAGUUCUUUGACCGGAGGCGAAAUUGAAAUAAUGUUGGAUAGGCGAUUGAAUCAGGACGACAAUCUUGGACUUGGACAAGCUGUUUUAGAUAAUCACCCUACAAAGCAUAUAUUUCGGGUUCUCGUAGAGAAAAGGCCUCCAGGUUGCGAAACAAGCGUUUCCGACCAUCCAUCCGGAUUUCCGACAGUUUCAGCUAGUGUUGCUUCUGAGUCUCUGUUAAAUCCACUAUUUAAACUAAUAAAAAUGAAAGACGAUGAAGAAAAUAAAGUGGAGUUUUACGCGCCUAAUUUCCAAUUAGGCGUUGAUUUGUUAAUUCCCACGUUCAAGACAAAUGUCUUUAUGAAAGGAACUUACCACACUGGACUAGUUUUACAUAGACAAUUUUUGGAUACCUGCUUUUUGGAUGAAGCUUUAAUUAAAGACUUUCCAUUAAGUGAGGGAAAGGUCAACUUGAGAGGGCUGUUUCCGCAUCAGCAAAGCACUAGUUUAUACCAAGCAACAUUAUCAUUUCUAAAAACUGAAAAAAUUCUACACGUUGACGACGAUAUAAGCUUAUGUCCAAUGGAAAUGAAAGCAUUUUACAUUUAAAAAACCAUUAGUGAUGUUAGACGCGAAUUAAUUUCGAAUAAUUACUCUAUGAUGUUAAUGUUCGAUUUUUAUUACAGCUCUGAGAUGGUUAGAAACUCCAAUAUUUCAGUUGCAGCCAAUUUAGUUUUUACUGGCCAGUUACAAACUUUACGUCCUUUUCAUUAUUCGUCAAAUAAGUAUUAUUGGAUGUAGCAAAAACCGAACAUUAAAUAAAAAUUAAUAGACGGUUGUAUGUGAUACAUAUGGAGAUUUUAUCCUUAGCAUCAAAUUAUGAUCUUAGUAGUUAUUAUUAUCACCGAAAACGACAGCAAACUAUUCUAGUACCGAUUGCAAAUUUGGAAUAUUUCUAUUUAUUUAUAUUUAUGUUGUGACUAUGUGAUAUUAUUUUAUUUUGCAGGGUUUUUUUAGUAUGAUCAUGAAUUCAUACAUACAUUUUGAUUAUUGAAUUCACCGUCAUUGGAUUUCCAAAAGCUGUAUAGCUAAAAAUAUCUAAAUAUAGAUAUAAAGUAUUUUUAAAUAAAUACUCCACACUUGAGUUUGUUAUUUUUCGUAUCGCUAAGUAAAGUGUCUUCUAAUACGGUUAGCGCUUCCUACAUUUUAGUUUACAAUUAUAUUUUAAUAAAAUAUACAAUAACGUGCCUCAACAAAACAAUAUAUAAUUAGGAAAUAUGCAUUUGUGUUGUUAUUCAGUCAAUUUUUAAGUGUUUUCUGCUAAUAUCAGAUAUCCACAGGUCACAAAUUUUUGCGUAGGUACACAAAUUCGGCUCAGUCCAAAGAAGAUAGUAUUUGUUUAAUUAGUUUUAUAAAUAUGCACAAUUAUAUUUUGUGUCACGGAAUGAUCUGGUAGACUUUUAACGGUUAACUUGGAUUUCAAGCAGACUACGGCUAGUGUUGCAAUUCUAAGCAGUAUUUCACUGGCAAUUUUAGUUUUUAGUCUCACCCUUCUGAUAUUUAUACGGAAUAACGUGCACUUAAGCGAAUAUACAAUAAUGAAUGGUCACAUAGUAUCUUGUUAUCAGAUAGAUGUUUUGGCGAGCGUCAAAAAGAUAUUCAGGUAUAUUUUACACUCAGUUCACAAAAUGUAAAAUUUUAAAGCUAGUUUUACAUGUUAGUGGUUGUCUUAAUUUUAUUACAAUUGUUGUCACUUAUUUCUAUAUUGUAUGCUAUUUGUAAAUAUUAGGAUGGGAUUAAAGGUUUUUACACAAA